GCAGCAUUACGCGUGUGACUGACUGUGUUUUUCUGCGCACAGUCCAACUCAGCCGAUCUCAGAACUGGAGGAUGCUGCUGAGGCGCUGCAGCCACCUCACUCCAAGGGACAAAGUUUGAUUUCUACGGACAUCAGAGCGAAAUAGUCCAGUGCAACCAUGAGGGACAGACUGAGUCACCUGCAGGUAAUGUCCAAUGGGAACAUUGAGCAGAUGGAGUAUGAGGAGUCCACUGUCUCGGACUCCUUCAGCAACAUCGACCUGGAGGAGGAGCUGCCCCAUGAGGCAGUCAUUUUUGACAAUAGCCCUGCUCUGGCAGAAGUCUUUUCUCAAUCUCAGGAUAUCCAUAAAGAAAUCCAACUAAUCAGGCUUGAGGUGAAAAAGCUUCGAGAGCAGAAUUCUCGCAUGCUCCAGGGCACCACCACCAUGAGCACAAUUAAAAGGGACUCUAAUGCUAUUGGUGCUGACAUAAAGAAGAGGGCUGAGGGUGUUCUUGCACGCCUGCAAGACAUGAAUGGAACAACCCACAAGCUAGAAGAAAUGCAUGGGUCAAAUUCUGCCACCACACGCAUCGCCAGAACCCAGUACGCCUGCCUUAGUAAUGGCUUUCGCGAUGUGAUGUUUGACUAUAACGAGGUUGAGAUGAGCCAUAGAGAGAACUGCAAAGCCCAGAUCCAAAGGCAAAUGGAGAUAGUAGGGCGCGAUGUGACAGGAGAGGAUAUAGAGGAGAUGAUUGAGAAAGGUCAGUGGAACAUUUUUACUGACAAUGUUGUGAGUGAAGGCAGAACGGCCCGAUCAGCUCUGUCCCAGAUUGAGAAGCGCCACCAGGAGUUGGUGGAUCUGGAGUCUCGUAUAAAGGGCAUCCAUGAGAUAUUCCUGGACAUCGCCCUGCUGGUAGAAGAGCAGGGCCCCAUGCUGACCACCAUCCAAACCAACGUUCAAAAAACUGAUGAAGGCAUACAAGAUGCUCUCGUCAAACUUCGCACAGCCAAGCGUCAUGACAGAGACAACCCGUUUAAAAAGAUGUUCUGCAGCUGCUUUCCAUGCUACAACUAAGGCCUUGAAAGGGUAGAGGGAUUGCAACAUAAGCAGCGUGCUGUUCAAAUAAAUAAACAGAUUAGUAAUGGGACAUUGCUCUUAAAAUAUGAAUAUAACCUGUGGAAAAUGAAGGUAUAAAGGUUGCAAUAGUUGUAUCUACACUGAGAGAAAAAUAUUUGUGUGAAGCACCAAAAAUUGUACUGAAGUCACAUUUGUGUUUGUACAAGAGAUUUGAGACGGGUAUCUCAAAUCUAAAUCCACUCUCCCAUGACUGAGGCUUGACUGAGACAAUUUGAAAAGAUUUUUCCUGUUUUUAUGGCCUCUGAGACAUAAAAAAAUAUAUAUAUGUGUGUGUGUGUGUGUGUGGGGGGCGCUGGGAAUGCUGACUCAUGAAACGCUCCCUGAUGCUGGAAACUACCACAGUAAACUUAAUUUUUAACAACUUAUUUCAAACAUUUUUGCCAUGUGUCAUUGCACCUGUAAAAUAGAUGCUAGAGUUGACAGAAAAAUGAAAGUCUAUUUGAAGAUUUGUAUAGUUUAGAUUUCCUUGAAUUAGUUUUAAAUAUUUUUCUUAAAUAUAAAUCAUGGUUGCAAUGUUUCCUGAUAUUUCCUCACCAGACAUGAAACAUUUUUAAAAGAGAACAUCUAGAUUUUAUGCAGUGAUCACUGUUUAUGUGCUACCUUUGAUGAUUUCUUGCAUGAGAAAACUUUGUUGUAUUUCUUCUUUGGUGUCUUGUAUUUAUCAUAAAAAAUAUUAAAAUGUG